AUGAGCAGAAAGCCCACGGAUGACCAGCGACCGUCAGAAGGCGACGCUCCUCUGUUGAAGGAGCACUCGAACGUGCAAUCCUACAAGACGGACCACGUCGAAUACCCUGCAAUCAGGACAUUCUAUCACCCACACGCUCACUCCCAAAAGCUCCAGGCCAUUGCAGACCUUCCCCUACUAGUGUUCAUCCAUGGACUGGGUGGAUCCUUACCUCAAUUCGGGCCUCUGCUAAACAGCCUCGUGAACAUAGCGCCAUGUUUCGGCAUAGAGCUGCCUGGCCAUGGCCAGUCCGAAUUUUCGCCAAAGGACUUUGAGGCAUACACGUUCGAGUCGUCCACUGAUCUAUGGCGGACGGCUAUCGAACAAGUGUGCCGUGAGCACAACCAUCAGAAAGUGGUCUUGAUCGGACACAGCAUGGGCUGUUCAAUCGCCGCCAAAUUGACAAUUGACAAGCAACUCCCGUUUGCCGUGGAGGGAAUGAUCGGCAUAUGCCCGAAAGCCACCCCACCAACACAGUCUGAGACAGCUUCGGCUCGACGCCUACUGUCACUUCCAGACACGGUGCUUGACAUCUUACGACUGCUGGAUAGAAGAGGGGGCGUCAACUCCAGAAGUGUGGAACGAAUGGCUGGAAAGACCGCAGGAGUAGACCUGCGACGUUUGCAGCUAUCGUUCAACAAGAGCUACAAGACGCCGGUCUGGAAGAGAUCCGCGUUAGGCUGCCUGCCCCAAUAUGAUACUCAUGGCGAUCCACACGGCGGGCUUCCGGGCAAAGAAGUAUGGGACAAGAUAAAGGUACCCUUAUUCCUCAUCGCGGGGGAAUCAGACACAGUCACCAAACCUGGCGAGGUGACGAAAAUCGUUUCUUUUCUACAAAAGCCCAUGGAGCAAAACGCGCAAAACGCGCUCAGCAAGAGCAAAUCAGUACCAGUGGCCGAGUCGGAACCACAUUCCCCCUCUGAACCCGAGACCUCUGAAUCAGUCCCUCCAGGCCCACUCGACGAUGCCAGAGAAGACUCUUCGCCUACUACGAAACACGAGCCAACAGCCAACGACACUAUAUACGGCACGCGCCCGUCAACCAGCGAAAUGUCAAGCCACAACUCAACCAUCGUCAAAACAGCGAUCCUCCCAUCCCCCGCGGCCCACGCCCUCAUGUACGACCACUCCACCUACCGCACAGUCGCGGGCCUGAUCGAAGACUUCCUAGCCCGCUACGUCUCCCCCCAACUCUCACUCGGCUGGCAACUGCAGCAGCUAACAACGUCCGGCAAAUGGGACGUCAAGAACCUCGAGAAAUGGAAGAAAGUCAUGCCCGUGUCCGGCCCCAUCGGCCCGGACGGGAUGUUCCGUGCCCUGAAGACCCUGCGCGAACAAGACGAAGAACACACCCCAUCCGUCUUCGUGCGGAGAUGGCGGGACAAGAUCUUCGCGGUCAUCGACAUCUCGCACGACAGUCCUGUGUACGACACGAAGGCCCUCGAGCGCGGCGGUAUCGAAUACCACAAGUUCCCGACCGUCAGCAAGAUCCCACCGACGCUGGUCGAGGUGGCGGAGUUCAUUGCACUGGUGGAUCGGCUGCGCAGUGAAAAGGGCCACGACAAGAAAGCCAUCGGCGUCCAUUGCCAUUAUGGGUACAAUAGGACGGGAUUUUUUAUCGCUUGUUAUCUUAUCGAGAGGAUGGGAUAUAGGCCACAGGAUGCGUUGGACGAGUUUGCACGCGCGAAACCGCCGGGGAUUAGACAUGAUCAUUUCAUCGAUACGCUGUUCAUGCGCUAUCAUGUCGGGCUGAAGAAGGCGCCAACUAUAAAGAGUUCGCCGUAG